AUGGAUUUCAUCAAGACCAGUUCCCUGCACGGCUCUAUCGAGAAUCAGCGCCCAACCGCGCAGUCCGGCUGGCCGAGGAACGAUGUUCCGCGCUCGGCCAAAUUCGUCCGUCCGUCUGAAGUCUCGGCCAAAGUCCAAAACCAUCGGCCGAUCACGCAUCACGACCCGGGAAACUAUUGCCCGCGGUCGGCCACGCCACAACCGCCACGCCACGCCGCGCACGACACGCCGCACGACCGGGAAAUAACGCCUCGCGUCCGGCCGAGAUUUCAUCGGCCAAAUCUCAUCCGUCCGACCACGCCGGCCGACCGUGAAUCAUCCGGCCACGACCGUUCCGACUCGGCCACGACCCGACUGUCCGGCCGAUCGUCCCGACCGACCGUCCCAACGCCGCGGUCGACCCGAAGCCCGUUUUGA